AAGGACUUAACCCAGUAUUUGGAUCCAAGUGGGCUUGGUGUGAUCACUUUCGAGGACUUCCACCAAGGGAUCAUGGCCAUCACAAACGGAGAUCCCGAUGGCCAGCUGUAUAGUGUGGAGCCUGCCCAGGACGAGGGUCCCACUGCCUGUGUGGACGAGUUUGACGACUUUGUCACCUAUGAGGCCAACGAGGUGACGGACAGCGCAUAUAUGGGCUCUGAGAGCACCUACAGCGAGUGUGAGACUUUCACAGACGAGGACACCAGCACCCUGGUGCACCCUGAGCUGCAGCCUGAGGGGGAUGCCGACAGCGCGGGCGGCUCAGCCGUGCCCUCGGAGUGCCUGGACACCACGGAGGAGCCGGGCCACGGGGCGCUGCUGCUGCUCCCGGGAAGGUCGCGCUCCUGUGGCCAGGCUGUUGUGAUGGUGAUUGGCGGUGAAGAGCAUUUUGAGGACUACGGUGAGGGCAGUGAAGCAGAGCUGUCCCCAGAGACUAUGUGCAACGGUGAACUGGACUGCAGCGACCCUUCCUUUCUCACCCCCAGUUCCGACCCACUUGCUUCAAAGCUGCGCAACAUCCUCACUGAUGAGGCCUUUGAGUUUUACUGUAGCCAGUGCCACAAACAAAUCAACCGCCUUGAGGACCUUUCUGCCCGCCUGAAUGAUCUUGAGAUGAAUAGCCCAGCCAAGCGGCUCUCCAGCAGGAAGGUGGCAAGGUACCUGCACCAGUCGGGGGCUCUGACUAUGGAGGCCCUGGAGGACCCUCCCCCAGAUCCCGCAGAGGGCCUAGAGGAAGACAUUGCUGACAAGGUUGUCUUCUUGGAGAGGAGGGUGUCAGAGCUGGAGAAGGACAGCGUGGCUGCUGGGGAGCAACACGGCCGGCUGAGGCAGGAGAACCUCCAGCUAGUGCACAGAGCCAAUGCCCUGGAGGAGCAGCUGAAGGAGCAGGAGUUGAGAGCCAGCGAGAUGGUCCUGGAAGAGGCCCGGAAGCAGAAGGAGCUCUUGUGCAAAAUGGAGCGCGAGAAGAGCAUCGAGAUUGAGAACCUGCAGGCCAGGCUGCAGCAGCUGGAUGAGGAGAACAGCGAGCUGCGGUCCUGCACGCCAUGCCUGAAGGCCACCAUCGAGCGUCUGGAGGAGGAAAAGCAGAAGUUGCUGGAUGAGAUUGAAGAGCUGACACUGCGGCUCAGUGAAGAGCAAGAGAACAAGAGGAAGAUGGGGGACAGGCUGAGCCAUGAGAGGCACCAGUUCCAGAGAGACAAGGAGGCAACGCAGGAGCUUAUUGAGGACCUCCGGAAGCAGCUAGAGCAUUUGCAGCUCCUCAGGCUGGAGACAGAGCAAAAACGGGGCCGCAGCAGUAGCCAGGGUCUGCAGGAGUACAACAGCCGUGCCCGAGAGAGUGAACUGGAGCAGGAGGUCCGAAGGCUCAAACAGGACAACCGCAACCUGAAGGAGCAGAAUGACGAGCUGAAUGGACAGGUCAUCACCCUCAGCAUCCAGGGCGCCAAGAGCCUCUUCUCCACAGCCUUCUCUGAGUCCCUGGCUGCAGAGAUCAGCUCAGUCUCCCGCGAUGAGCUCAUGGAAGCAAUCCAAAAGCAAGAAGAGAUCAACUUCCGCCUACAGGACUACAUCGACAGGAUCAUCGUGGCCAUCAUGGAGACCAACCCGUCCAUCCUGGAGGUCAAGUAGAACAGCAGAGCCCUGGGCUGGUCCAGGACUCCAUGAGUACACUGGAGCGGCCCUGCCUCACCACUCCCAGCUAAGGCCGCCAGACCCCACAGCCGGCUGAGCCGGGGGCCGACAGGCCCUCACAAGGCCGGGCUGGGCAUGUGAAGACGGGCUGCGGAAGGUGGAGGGUAGUAAGAAGCCAGGAAGGGAAGCCCAGGUAGCAGACAAGGAGCGAGGCUGGGCCUGCUGCUGGCUCCGCCCUUCGGGGAGCCAGGGCCCCUCACCCCGUCACCCAGCCCACAAUCACCUGUGUCUUCUCAGCAGUGGUGGGCUCGGGGACAGUCUCAGGCUGGGGUGAGCCACCCUGUGUCUCCUCUGUGGCAGACCCUCUUCCCGCCAUGCGGCCCUAUGGGAAGAGUCCGCAGCUUUCUACUCAGGCAUCCUGACAGGUGCCACCCACGCCUGGCAUGUGAGUCCUGGGCCCUCACGGGGGAUGACGGUGCGGGUAGGACAGCAGGCAAGGCUGGCACGUGUGAGUCGGGCUGGGAGUGGC